AUGGCGCGGGUGCUGAUCGUGGGCGCCGGGCUGACCGGGAGCCUGUGCGCGGCGCUGCUGCGCAGGGAGGCGGCCCGCCCCGUCCACCUGGCCGUGUGGGACAAGGCGGGCGACUCAGGGGGAAGAAUGGCCACCACCAGCAGCCCUUACGACCCGCAGAGCACCGUGGACCUGGGCGCCCAGUACAUCACGCGCACCCCGCAAUAUGCCCAAAAGCACCAAAGUUUUUAUGACGAACUGCUAGCUCAUGGCAUUUUGAAGCCUCUGACCUACCCUAUUGAAGGCUCGGUGAUGAAAGCAGGAGACUCUAACUUUGUGGCACCUCAAGGAGUUUCUUCAAUUAUUAAGCAUUACUUGAAAGAAUCAGGUGCCAAUAUCCGUUUCAGACAGUGCGUGACCCAGAUCAACCUAAAAAACAACAAGUGGGAAGUCUCCAAGGAAACGGGCUCCCCUGAGCAGUUUGACAUCGUCGUGCUCACGAUGCCUGUUCCUCAGAUCCUGCUGCUGAAAGGUGACAUCGUGAACUUGAUUAGUGAACACCAACGGCAGGAACUGGAGUCUGUGAGCUACUCCUCUCGCUACGCUCUGGGACUCUUUUAUGAAGCUGGCACGAAGAUUGAUGUCCCUUGGGCCGGGCAGUACAUCACCAGUAAUCCCUGCAUACGCUUCAUCUCCAUUGAUAAUAAGAAACGCAAUAUAGUGUCAUCAGAAAUUGGGCCUUCCCUUGUGAUUCACACCACUGUCUCCUUUGGAGUUACACACUUGGAACGUGACGUUGAGGAGGUGGAAGAGUUAAUUUUCCAGCAGCUGGAAAACAUUUUGCCAGGUUUGCCGCAGCCAGUCGCUACCAAAUGCCAGAAAUGGAGACAUUCACAGGUUACAAAUCCUGCUGCCAACACUCUUGGCCAAAUGACUCUUCAUCUGAAACCUCUCCUUGUGUGUGGAGGGGAUGGAUUCACUCAUUCCAAUUUUGAUGGCUGCGUCGCUUCUGCCCUGUUUGUUCUGGAAGCUUUAAAGAAACAUAUUUAA